AAUAAAUUCAUUUUAUUCCUCUAUAGCUUAUUAAUACACACUAUCUAUUUUCUCCAAAUGACUGUAUUGAAUUAACAAUACCAACUGUGUACAUAAAAUAUUCCUAAUCUAUUUUUCUAGAGCAAAAAAAGACAUUAAGUUACUGUUUCUUGUGGAACUAGCAGAAAAACCAGAAAAGAAUAAAUUUUCUUGAUUUUUAAUUAAAUACACACUAUUUAAGCGGAUAGAAUCAAAGAGAAGUAAUUAAACAGCUUGACAAAAUGUCGGGAAAAGAGAAGAGAUCGAAUAGAAAGAAGAAGGACGAAUACAAAGACGGUGACGAAGAGAAAGAGAAAGCCAGCAAAGAUGAAUAUAAGGUUGCAAAAUGGAUACGCAAUAAUGUUCCUGUAAAGAAGACCAAAUUUCUUAAUCAUAAUGUUGAAUAUUUUACGUCUACAAAGGCACUGGAUGCAUUGAUGACAUCAAAAUUCGCUCAGGGCGACAACUGCUUAUUUCCAACACGGCAAAUGGCAAUUGAUUAUUUGAACAUGAUGUUGGUACACAAAUUCUUUCAUCGUGCAAAGAAAGUGACUGUUAGUGAAAUGGAAUUGAGAGGUGGUCGCACAAAGGAAAAAGUUAAGGAACAGGAGAAAAAGGAAACAGAUGCAGAGAGUUCACAUGCUGAAAAUAAAAAGGAGGAAAAAGAAAAACCGAGUGAGAAAAUUACUGAAAAAAAGAAAAGGAAAAUUCGAUUAGAAAUGCAUCCACAGCAAAUUUUCCUCGAUGGACAUGAAGCAUAUGUGUGGAUUUAUGAUCCAAUUCCAAUGACUUACUGGAUUUUCGGAGCAUUAGUUGUAAUUGGUGCAAUCGUUAUUUGUCUAUUCCCAUUAUGGCCACCACAAUUAAGAACUGGUGUCUACUAUUUAUCAAUGACUGCUGCUGGAUUCCUUGUCUUCUUACUUGCACUUGUCGUUGUGAGAUUUAUUCUAUUCUGUGUUAUUUGGAUUUGUAGUGGUGGUAAGCAUCACUUCUGGUUCCUUCCUAAUUUGACUGAAGACGUUGGAUUCUUAGACUCAUUUAAACCACUGUAUAAACAUGAUUACAUUGAUGGAUCUGAUGCAAAGGGCAAAAAAGAUAAGGAUAAGAAGAAGAAAAAAAAGAAAGACAGUGACGAUGAAGGAGGCGAUAAAGUGACAGAGCCUACACAAGACACAUCAAAAAGUAAAAAGACGACUGAUAACGUGACAGAGGAAUCAACACUGAGACAACGAAAAGUUGUAACGGAAUCUGCUGCCGAUGAAAAUAAAGGAGACGAAGAGAGGAAACUCUCGGAAUCAGAAAGUUCUGACUCACAAAGAUCGUCAACGGGAAAGGAUUUCGAAAUAGUCGAUGCAGAAGAGGAUGAAGAGUAGAAAAUCAUGCUAAAUUUGUGGGUGUGUAAAAUAAUAAUAAUUUAUUCUUACUGCUGAAUUGUAUUUUGAAUCUUUAACAUAUAUUAAAAGUAACGUUUUAAAAUAAAUUGGAAUUAAUUCA